AUGGCUGCUGCUGCUGAUGAUGCUAAGGAGCAAAUUGAAGGCACAAGGCCAAACUCCUUUGGUCAAGCUAGUGAUUCCUGUGCUGAUGGUGGUGAACAAUCUGAAACUGUUCUCCAGCAGAAGGAGUUGUACUCAUUUGGGAGUGACAAUAUUCCCAAGGUGAGGAAGCCUUACACGAUUACAAAACAAAGGGAAAAAUGGACAGAAGAAGAGCACCAGAGAUUCCUGGAAGCUUUAAAGCUGUAUGGUCGUGGCUGGCGGAAGAUACAAGGCAAUUGCUCUUUUCUUCAUGCAGAGCAUGUAGGCACAAAAACUGCUGUUCAAAUCCGAAGCCAUGCGCAAAAAUUUUUCUCUAAGGUGGUCCGGGAGUCAAUUGGCAGCAACGAGAGCUCCCUCAAACCAAUUGAGAUACCCCCUCCUCGCCCAAAGAGGAAACCUAUGCAUCCUUAUCCUCGUAAACCAGUUGAUAUCCUUGAAGCAACGCUAUCAUCUUGUCAAUUGGAAAGAUCUCCAUCCCCUAAUUCAUCAGCAUCAGAAAAAGAAAACCGAUCACCCACCUCCGUUUUAUCAGCAUUGGGAUCUGUACUUUCAGAGCAGCAUAAUGCAUGCUCUUCACCUACCUCAUGUACCACUGACAUGCACUCUAUUAGUUUAUCACCUAAUGCAAAGGAAACUGAACAUGUAACAUCAAAUUCAUUUGGAGAAGAGGAAAAGGGAACUUUCUCUUUGGUCCAAAUGUCUUGUUCGCCCCUGGAGAAAUUUUUGUCCAAGAAAUUUGAGAUGGGUUCAGAGGACACUGUAUGUGCUGAAGGUGAUGCCCCAAAAGAAGCAUCUUCCUCAAGUAUAAAGCUUUUUGGAAUGACAGUUAUGGUAGCAGAUUCACAGAGAAAAUCUCCUCCAGGUGCAGAGCUGGUUUUGGCAUCAACAUCCAGUGAGAAUCAAGACGAUGUUGAUGCUGAAAAGGAUAGGCCUGCUCAGACGCCGCAUUGGAAACCAUCAGAGACGGAGUUAUCACUUGGAAUGGAAAAUAGUGAUCAGAAUCAGUUGACAUCUCCAGCUUCAGUUUUUGAAUGCAUUGAACUACAGAGGGGUGCUGCCAACUAUUCUGCAACUAAUCUUUCCAUACCAUGGUGGGUUUUUCACCAAGGCGUGCCAUUCUUAUCCCCCACAUCAUGUGGCCAUACCUCCCAACACAAACCUAUGCCUUCUUGUGAGGAAGAAAGGUCAGAAGAAAAGGAAAUUCUUAAUGAAAGAUCUUGUACUGGUUCAAAUGCAGGAUCAGUUGGUGAAUUGGAGAAAGUAGAGAGUUUGGUUGUUGUUGAUUCUCAAUGUGGACAAACUUCUGUUGAGGGAAAAUCCAGCCACCAGAAGCGUGCAAGGGGUUUUGUUCCAUACAAAAGAUGUUUAGGAGAGAGAGAUGUUAAGUCAAUGCCGACUGUAUACAAAGAGCGAGAGCGACAAAGAGCUCGAGUGUGCUCAUAG